AUGCCGAACAAUGAAAGUGUUUGGAAUUACUUGGCUGGGUAUGCGAUCCAUAUUGAAUUUAUUCGUUUGGAGUGGACUUUCUUGGAAUUUUUUUCUGUCAGGUUACUGCUGGAAACUGGAGUGUCAUCUAGACCUGACGUUGUGGCGUUUGUGGAAGAUCUUUAUGAGAGAACUGAACCACCUAGUCGAGCACCCUAUCUGGUUUCUUUCUUGUGCGACAUUCUUUUGGAAAAUAUCGAAAACGACGUCAAUGCUGUUGAGAACUGCAAGAGAGCAAAAAGGAGCAUGGGUUUGGGCCUUGACCAUAAAGUGCUGGUGGUACUUGAUCACGGUCCCCGCUUUGCUAGAAAAGCGGGAAAUCCGCUCUCUAUCACGCUUAAGGAGUCUAGUGUCAAUCGUACGGUUGGAAAGUGUGAUAAAUCUCUCUGGACAUGGUGUGUUGAAGCGACCCUCGAACUGCAUCGAACUGUUUCGGACCUUUUCUCCCAGGAACGGGAUCCCAGUUCUGCUCGUCUUAUGCGGCUUGUACUUGCUGAUUACGUUGGCAGGGUACUUCAGCCGCGAUGGGGUACUCAGCUAGUAACCCAACAAGAGCUUUUGGCAUCUCUGUCAGCUAUUGGUUUGCCAUCUACCAAUGAUGAUAGUGAAAGCCUGGCGCUGAGUGGAGUUACUCUUGCCAUUGAAGCUUUGAGUCAACUGAGUGAAGCUCAAAUCAAAGGAGAAAAGAAUGAGAGUUCAAAUGAAAAGAAAUGCAGCGUGUCUAAGGAAAGAAGCAGUUUCUCACGCGAACCAAAGUGCUGGGAAGAUCCUUCGCCUUCUUCAGUUGCUCCGGAAACAGAUCGGAAAGUAGUCGAAAAUUGUGGAUCGGUCGUGAUCUUUACGGCAUACGCGGAAGAUGAGCGCCUAACGGAAUUGGAAAACGAAGUGGCUGAUAUGAUAAACGGUCGUAAUAGAAUAAUCAAGUCUCUGCAGGAUAGCUCAUUUUCUUGCAUAAAUCAUGUGAAGCUAUACAUCAUUAAUAUAUUUCCUGGUGAUCAAUCUUCUCAAGUCACAUCAAAGUCAUUUAGAGAGGUGUCGAGCACAAUGUCAUCAUGUAUACUUUCUCGUUCAGCGGGUGUUGAACUAAUUUCUGCCAUUCAUUCUGUCGCUAUAGAUAUUUAUGAUCUUGUCUCUACUACGGUCUCAGGUAUCCCUAUGAAGGAAGAAGCUCAACAAGGUCAGCCUGCGAUCGCGAUAAAUUAUGACGUGGAAUUGUUGCACAGAAGGGAAGCUCAUGGACAACUGGAACGGCUAGGGCUUGUCACGGCCAACAGUACAGAAGAUUGCAGAGGUCUAGUAAUACUGUACUUAAUGGUAUUUUCUGGCAAUGCGACAUAUCCUACUACGCGUCUUGUGUGGGCCACUCCAGUUCCGAAAGGACGAUGGAAUAUGUUCCCACGCACACGGCUACGUCUUCUACGUGACUCCUUCAGAUCGGUGUGCUUGUCAUCUUACCUCCUUCAAGGACGGAAUGUGAUGUUGGAAAUAAACCAUGUUGCUAAAAGUGAAGGCCUGCUCGGAAAUGUAGGAGCGAAACUGAUUGCACAUACGCUGAUAGCUCAUGGAGGCCAUAUUUACAUCCACGCAAACGAUCUUGGACCCCACAGUUCGUUUUUUCUCUUUCUAACUGUUGGACGCUCAGGAUGUCCGUGA